CUGAUCUGUCGAGCAUGGCGGCGUGAGUGUGACUCCUCAAGGCUGCCAGGGUUGUGAAGUAGUAGUAUUACCCACACCAACGCUCCAAGCAACACAAAGAAUACGUGCCUAGGUUGAUAAGUGGCAGCCCAGCAAACAUGUACAUCCCCACAGACUGCAGCCAACAUGUCUCUUCACACACACACACACCUACACAGACUUAUGCACAUUCACACCCACAACCCUUACAUGGACACACAGACACAAGGGGGCACCACAUACUGAGUGAGUGAAGCGCAUUGAUGUCUUGAAUUGCUGAGAAGAGGACGAUGAUGUAUAGGGCAGUGUCGCAUCGUCCAUCCACUGCCAGCCUGCGUCGGGAGGUGCGUCUGCGGCGGUACAGACAGCUACUGCUUCUUAGUGCCAAGCUGACGGAUCCUACAGACCCCCUCACUAAGUACACAGAGCAGCACUUCCAGGAGAUGUACAGACUCUCCAAGGAGUCAUUUCGUGAGCUGCUCUCCAUCAUCCAGGGUGACCUUGACCGCCUGGAUAACCGUGGCCGCCCCCUCCCAGCCCCCUACCAGCUGUUGCUUGCCCUGCAUUUUUACUGCACCGGCUCAUACCAGAAGGAGGUGGGGGAGCAGCAUGGCCUGGAGGUGAGUCAGCCCACCGUGUGCCGCACCAUCCACCGUGUCUCGGAGGCGUUGGCUCGGCGCUACGGCCAGUUUGUGGUGUUCCCCUCAACCACUCAGGCUCCAGAGAUACACGAGAGGUUCUACGAGGUGGCACAGUUCCCAAACGUGAUUGGUGCCAUCGACUGCAUUCACAUGAGGAUCUCCAAUCCAGGGGGCACCAUGGCUGAGCAGUGCCGCAACAGUAAGGGCUGGUACUCCAUCAACUGCCAGGUGGUGGUGGGGCCCAACCUGCGCAUCCUCACCGCCAUAGUGCGUUGGGGUGGCAGUGUCCCUGAUUGGCUGAUAUAUGACAACUCCCGGCUGCGUAGGGUCCUUGAGCAGGGUGAGUAUGGGCACUUGGUAGGGGAUGCAGCGUACCAGUGCCAGCGGUACCUCCUGACACCGGUGCCUUGUCCAUCCACACAUGCAGAGAGGAGCUACAAUCGUGCCCACUCCUCCACACGACGCAGGGCAAGGCAGGCGUUUGGCAUGAUCCGCCAUCGCUUCCAGUGCACCGCCAGGGAACUCCGCUCCAACCCCAAGACAUCGUGUGCUGUCAUACUGAGCUGCUUCGCCCUCCAUAACUUUGUGCUGCAGCGUCAGGGCCCUCAGGAGGAUGCCGAGGCCUUUUAUGCCCUUGAUGACGUCCCCCAGGACAGGUUCUCUGGGGAGUGUGACCCUGAGGGGGAGUCGUACCGCCAGCACAUCAUUCACGAGUGGUUCAGCUCUGAUGCACCAGAGGAGGUGUACCAGGAGGAGAGGCUGGGGGAGAGCAGGGAGUAGGGGUGAGAUUUAUUGACUCAAGGAUGUAUGUGAAGGAAUGGUUAGUGAAUGGGGUGAGAUGGAGUGAGUGAUAGGAGGAUGUGAAGGGAUGGUUAGUGAAAGAUGUGUGAUGGAUGAGGCUUAGGAGAGGGGAUGAGAGUGAGAGGUGGUAAAUCAGGGUGAAGAUGUGAAGGGAAGGUGUAUAUGUGAUGGGUGAGGAUUGACAAGAGAUAGGAACAAAUGAAGGGAAGGUGUGAAGAUAAGAAGGAAUGAUUGGUGAGGUGUGGUGUGGUGUGUAUGGGUAUUGCAGUGUGUGGCUCUGUGAAUGAUGUGGUAAUUGAAUGAGUCAUGGUACAAAAUUUGGUACUGAGUGUUGCAUGGGCCAUCUGUAAUACUGUGACUUUGUAUGAGAAGAAUUAAUUUCCUACUUAU